AUGAAACAGAGUGACCGGCUUUUGCCUGUGGCCAAUGUGGCAGGAAUAAUGAAGAAAACGAUCCCACCAAACGCCAAAAUAUCAAAAGAUGCGAAAGAAAUGAUGCAGAAAGCAGCAUCUGAGUUUAUUGCGUUCAUUACAUGCAAGGCACAAGAUCUGUGCAAGCUGGAAAAAAGAAAAACACUCACAGGAGAAGAUCUUGUGCUUGCUGUGGAGCACCUGGGCAUGCCUUUGCACGCAGACGCAGGCAGAAGAGUUCUCUACAAGCUAAGAGAGGGAUUGCAGUGCGAGCAGGACAUGUUCCCCCAGCAGUCUUCCUCUUCUGUUCACUGGAAGCCAUACUACCAAUGA